UAUAACUAAUUUUUUUGUUAUUUACUUUUAGACGGAAUUAGAAUAUAUGAUAGAAGAUGCUAUAAAAGAAGGUGAUUUUGAAAAAGCUGAGCUUCUGAGUGAUACACUGGCAAAUAGAGAAUUUGCUGUAAAAAUUUCAAAAGCAUUUGCUGCUAAGAGGCAUCUUGAUAAUGUGCAAGAGCAAAGAGCUAUUGAGAAGGAAAGGAGAUUGAAGAAAAUUCGAUGGACGUUUGAUGCCAAAGAAAGGUGGCAAAUGAAAGGAAAUAUGUAAUGACAGAAGUUACUAAAAGUAAAAGGAGAGGGAAAUGUGUGAACACUUGUUCAGUAUGUGUCAUAAUGUAAAUAUAUAUUUUGUACAUUGUAAAAUUUUACUUUGCAAUUUGUAAGAAUAUUCCGGUAUGUAAAAUAAAAUGAAAAAGACAUGUGGCAUAGUGGAAAA